UAUCCUCUAAUGACUAAAACUCUUACACACGUGCAACACCUGAUGAGUUCAUACCAGAAAAACUGGUUGCAAAACUUUCUCCUUUAAGCCAGUAUAGUAUUGAUCUUAAAAAGCAUCAUGUAGAUGCAUAACUUUCUAGCAAACAUACAUUUAAAACUGCAGCACCCAGAAAUGACUCACGACUCAGUAUUAGUAACCUUAACCCCAAUGUGUACCCCUAGUAACCCAGAGUGUGUACAUCAGUUACCCUUAUGUACACACUUUCUCUUCAGUGAGAGUAAAACCAUCACAACACAAACGUGUUAUGUAACCAAAGCUCUCUAAGCUGCACAUGUUAGCCUUACCCGCUUCAGAGGAUUCCCACAUCACACUUUGACCAACCCCCAAACAUAAAUAGCUAAACUAUUCUUGUGUGGUGUUGUCCACGGUGUCUGUCUGCAAAGUAACAAGUGGAUGUUGGAACCUCAGGAAGCAACAAAUCAUGCGAAAACCCAGUCGAAUCGCAUCCCUUUUCUCUCACAAUACAGCUCAAAGACGGACUUCCUGACCUAUGUGCUGCUUUACCUGGUGAAGAUGCCUUUUCCACCUGUGACCCGACGACAGGGCCUUCCCAGCUCUGGGAAAGAGAAACUAUCGGGUCCCUCAUCGGUCAACACAGUGGAGGAGAAGAGUUAUGUGAAGGACCGGCUAAAGAAGUUGAGCAAGAAAGCCACUCCACACAAAAGCAAACUUCCGAUCUUAACCCAGCGGCGGCUCGACUGGUGGGGAGGUAAGAGCGCCUGGAUUACAUCUCCAAGACUUGCUGAUCUUUCAUGCACCUCGGUUGCUUCAUCCCCUAAAUGUAGUUCUAAAGAUGCAACAAAAUCCACCAGAAAACAACAGUUUCCUGCCAAUGUGUUGGUACCAAACAGCUCCAUCACCACAGACAACUGUAGAUUACAGUCCUUCUCAAGAUGCUCAGGAUCAGGCCGUGGACAAAAGGAUGGAGAAGCUGUGAACCUGUCAAUCAAUCUGACUCCUGAGGCCACCUUACUCCUGCAGAAGCGGAGCCACGGGAAGCAGCUCCGUACCAUCGGCGGUGGCACUGGAAAGGUUACGGCACAUCACAGGAAAGACGCCUCCGUCAAGUCAGGUUCUCGAUCCAACAUCCCUCAGGUGAAAAUCUCUCUUCUGAACGACCGUCACAGAUAUGAUGAUGUGGAAUAUGAAGAAGACGAGGAACCAGGUGUGGACCAGAGCGUACUGCGGAAAUGUUCUGAAUGGCUGGAGGGGGUGGAGAACGCAGAAGGAGUUACAGAACUGGGUAGAGAGGACAAAAUGAACCAGAAGACUAUCUACUGUUACAGAUGAAAAGCCUCAUAUUCUGAUAUCUUGUUUAGUUGUUAACUUAGAUGGGUUUAUUCAAUAACUGAUGUCAAUACCAUGAUUGAUUAGGAGCAGGGUGCAUAGUACUGUUGUAAGCAAAAAAUGAUAAAUGCAUUGACAAAGCUGCUAGUAGGUUUUGAACCUGAUUUACAGCAAUUAUAAUUGUCUAUUCAGCCAAGUAGUGGGCACCAUGUUUAUGCUUAUGUGGAUAUCAAAUAUUAUCUAAUGUGUUGGCCUGGAAGAUUGGUUUAUCAUUAUUCCAGUAGAUUCAUCGAGAAAGGUUUAUUGCUGACUAAACCCAUUUUGAUCCUAUUUAAACAUUUGUUGGGGAUGGUACGUUAAUGACCAUGAACCUAUGACUGUUGUGUUUAGUGUGAUCUGUGUGACAAAGCAAAUCAUUUCUAAUAGAUAUUAUUUCUUAAAUGAGAAUUUUUGUUUUGAUUAACUCAAUAUAUUUUAGUUUAGAUCAAAAACAGAAUUUAAAUGAAUUGACUUUAUUCAACAAGAAAAAUAUAAUUUGUUCCUGGUUUUCAUAGGUGUUUUUCAUUUUCAUAUUGUUUAGGGCAAGUUUAUUUUUCAUUGGCUCAAGUUAUAAAAUAUAGAUCAGAUGAAUAAAACCUUUUUUUAUUGCACAAAAAUUUAUAUCAAUAUAUGAAGAGUUUCGUUGCAAAACGAGAUAAAUCCAUUUUUUAAAAUUUUUGUCAAAACAUGUUUAUUAUUAUAUUAUCAUGUUAUUAUUUUUUUUUAUGGUGCUACUUAGCUGUAUUUUUUAAGUUAUGAAGGUUAAAAUCAAAACAAACCAACUGCAGUUGAAUUGAUGUUAUUGGAAUGCACAACCAAAAAACGAGAUUUCUGAACAAUUAAAAAACUGAGUUGUCUAGUUUUGCAACGAAACUCUUCUAUUACCCAAAAAUUUCAGCAUAUUUCAUUUAUUACCAAUUAAUCAAACCAUCUGUUACUUCCUAAAAUUCUGAAGUUCAGACAUUAGAAUAAUAUCUGUCUAUUUAUGAGUAGUUUAAACUUCCGGGUUGGCCUACAAAGUGACGUCUUCGGCACUCUAUAUUGAGUAAAUGUGAGUAAAUCUUUACAAAAAUAUAAAAACUAUAAUUUGAUUGAAAUGGUUGAAAGUUACAUAAACUAUUGUUGGAAUAUUCUUUUUGUUUACAGCUGAAUUGUCAAUGUGCAUAAUUUUACAUUACUAAUUUACGAAAAUCAAACAAAUAAACAGACUAUAAAUUUGCAGUAUCUUGAUACAGCUUUGUAAGCAGUCAAAACUGAAUGCCAGUCAAAAAUAAAUAAAUAUAUAA